ACACACCUGGACCUCAUCACUUCCUGUUCGCUGAGAGAGCGUGGUUUGAGACAGAGCUCCGUCAAACUUUUUCUAAAUAUAUCGUUUAUUCCUGUUAUUUCUUAAUAUUUAUAUUGUAAAUUGAUAACUCACAGAGGGUUAAACCUAUCCUUAAGUGUAUCCCAUACCAAAUAUCGUCAUAUAACGCACAGAUAGAUUUGUUUUAUACGAUCAUUCGCUAUUAGCACUCAGGCUGUUAGCAUUCCCAGCCUUUAGUUUCUGAAUAUUGCCUUUACUGCUUAACUCGCUGUUCUCAUUAUGACACCACUAAUGGCUAAUGAUUCAGAUAUGUGUUUAACGUUACCUCUGAGUGCAGAUGAUGAAUCUUUCUUCGCACUUCAGUCAGAACUGGAAGUAUUGGAGAAGCAGAUCCACGAUCUACUCGAGAGGCAAACACGUGUGCGAGAACGUAAAACGGCGAUGGAAACAUCCCGGGCUGACGCUCGCAAAGCUGCGGUAAGUGUUCGACGUGAUUGUAAUACUCCUAUCACUUCUACUCCGUGUGUUUCUAUGCACAGAGCCCAGGCUUCAAGAUCACGACGAGCCGAAAUGAACUUCACUCCUGCACCUGCACACACACGGCGGAAGGUGAAAUCCAGGACCGGAGCGAUGACCUCUCCCCCACCGCCGCGACCGGUCUUCGAGAUUUCUACGAGAAAUCGCUUUGCCGCCCUCUGCGAGACGAAAUCCAACGCUGUGGUCAUCGGAGACUCAAUCGUCCGGAACGUACGCGCCUCCUUCAAUGAAGGUAAGGUGCGCACUCACUGUUUUCCUGGCGCCCGUGUUCUCGAUGUGUCUGCGCAGGUAACUUCGAUUCUGAAGGAGGAUGCAAGAGUAGGAGCCGUAGUUCUGCACGCGGGGGUGAAUGAUGUGAGAAUGCGGCAGUCGGAGAUCCUGAAGAGGGACUUCAGGAGUCUGGUCGAUACUGUUCGCAACGCAUCGCCCACGGCAAGGAUCAUCGUAUCAGGGCCGCUUCCAACUUACCGACGAGGGAACGAAAAGUUCAGUAGACUAUUUACGCUUAAUAAUUGGUUAAUGUCAUGGUGUAUUGAACAGAAGCUGCUCUUUGUAAAUAAUUUUGAUCUGUUCUGGGAGCGACCUAGGCUUUUCCGCCCCGACGGGCUGCACCCCAGCAGCAUUGGAGCGGAAAUUCUGUCUGACAACAUCUCAAAGACGCUACGCACCAUUUGACUAGAAGAAGUUCCACCAUGUCCAGACGACCGACAGAUGCCCAUCCCGAGGUAGGAAGAAGUUCCACCAUGUCCAGACGACCGACAGAUGCCCAUCCCCAAUUUGAGAUUACACCAGAUACAGCUGCAGACUGACUGACCAUCCCAGCUCCAUCUAAGGCAAUUCCACCAGCUGCCAAGAGAAAUAUGACCAUCGGACCAUCCCAGCUCAGACCACUACAUCCCCAACCAAGAGCAAAGACGGACUAUUUGUCUUAUUAAUGCUGAAGUUACAAUAUUUGGUAUUAAAUGCUAAACUAAAAUCACAUGUCACCAGUCUGAGUGCAGCUAUGACACGUCAGAGGGGAUCUGGCCCUCCCGGUUGAGCCUGGUUGCUCCCGAGGUUUUUUUCUCCAUUAAUCAAUCAUUGGAGUUUGGGUUCCUCGCCACAGCAGGGCAGUGUUGGCCUGCUCACCGGGAGACUGCAUUCAUUCAUUUAUUUAUUUAGAAAUUAGAUGUUAUUUAUUAGAAUGAACUUACUCGUUGUAUAAAUACCAUGCACUGUGCUGUUUUAACUUUUCUGUUUUUCCU